AUGUAUAUGAAAGAAAUUCGUAUCGCUGCGCGUCUGUUCGUCAUUGCAUUAUCGGUCAUUUGUAUCAAUUCGGUGGUCGGUUUAAAAUGUUAUCACGGUGUUACAGCGGAAUACUUUCACUCGUCGGUUUCCUUCAAAAUUGAUACUUGUCAAGUAGGGAAUUUUUGCAUCAAAUAUCAUCGUGCUGAUUUUAGAAAUCAACGGUCAUUUAUUAUCAAAUCCUGUGACGACAAUGGAAUUUGCGCGGAUGAAGGUUGCACCGUUGGUUUCGUUGCUGCAAAAUUUAUGGGAUUUAAGAGAGGGCCGUUAGCAAACAUUUGGGAUUGCUGCUGCAAGAAAAUGCUAUGCAAUUCGGCUCUUUUCUAUUUUAAUCAUCCCAUUGUUCCAGUAUCUUUUGCCGUUCUCGUAUCGUUGUAUAUCUAG